AUGAAUCUUCGAAGAAAACGCAAUGGUAAAUCCUGCGUUUACGGACCACUCUUGAACGACGAACUCCAGUUGGCAGAAAGACACCAUUAUUCGCAGGCUCAGCAUGAGGUGUAUUCGGAUGAACUAGCUAUUCUUUGUGCUAAUACCAAACAAGUUGGUCCAGUCAAUAAAAUUCCCAAAAGUAGCGCACUUUUCCAACUGACUCCAUUUCUGGAUGAGAACGGUAUCCUGAGAAUGUCUGGAAGAACAGGAGCAUGUGAAGCUCUCAAUCCUGAAACGAGAAAUCCAAUUAUUCUUCCACCCGAACAUAAUGUCACUCUACUUAUCAUAAAACAUUAUCUCGGUUUGUACCAUCAUUCAAACCACGAAAUUAUCAUCAAUGAGCUGCGACAACGAUACUCCAUCGCCCGGAUUCGUAGUACAUAUGCUAAGGUUAGACGCAACUGUCAACAUUGCAAGAAUCUUUCAGUAGUUCCGCAACCACCACAGAUGGCUCCACUUCCACCUGCCCGUUUAUCUACCUUCACGCGACCCUUUACACAUGUCGGAGUCGACUAUUUUGGUCCUAUGGAAGUAUUGAUCGGGAGAAGAACUGAGAAAAGAUGGGGCGUUUUGUUAACAUGUUUAACCAUUCGAGCAAUUCACCUAGAGCUGGCAAAUUCUUUGAGCACCAGCUCAUGCAUAAUGGCACUUCGGAAUUUUAUCGCACGACGCGGCAAACCUGCGGUGUUCUAUAGUGACAGCGGAACAAACUUUGUUGGUGCGAACCGUGAGUUGAACGAGGCAAUGACUGCUAUCAAUCACAAUAUGCUCAUGCAGGAAUUCGUUACCACGGAGACGACGUGGAGCUUCAAUCCACCUGCAUCUCCGCAUAUGGGCGGUAGUUGGGAACGAUUAGUUCGAUCCGUAAAAACGAAUCUCACGAUGAUGCAAACAGCGAGGCGACCAACUGAGGAAGAGCUGCGAAAUGCACUGAUUGAAGUGGAAGGAAUUUUGAACUGUAGACCGCUGACACACGUACCGAUUGAUGAUGUUUCAGCGCCUGCCCUUACACCUAAUCACUUCCUGAUAGGUUCGUCCGACGGUUCCAAACCACUUACUCUAUUGGAUAGUAGCGCGGCCACAUUACGACACUGUUGGCAGAUGUCACAAGUGAUGGCAAACCAAUUUUGGAAGCGGUGGGUGGGAGAUUUUCUUCCAGAGAUUACGAGACGCACCAAGUGGCACUAUCCAGUGAAGCCCAUCAAAGUCGGUGAUGUAGUAGUUAUUGUUGAUGCAGACUAUCCUCGGAAUUGUUGGCCAAAAGGGAGAGUUAUCGCCACAACUAAUAAAGACGGUCAAGUAAGAAGCGCAACUGUACAGACCUCGAAGGGAGUAUACGAAAGACCAGCUGUUAAACUCGCAGUGUUGGACAUAGAGCGCGAUACUAAAUAA